CGAUUCGAGCCCAUUUCCACCCAAACCAUCCCCCAUUACCAUCACCAUCCAUGCACUAGUAGGGCCCAUACCCUAUUUUCCUUCUAAGGCUCAACGCCUCAAACCAAAGAAGGUAAUGGGUGGGGAUGGUUGAAGUAGGUAACUGAAACGUCGAACCUGAGCCCUAUUUCGUCCCGAUUCAUACAUGAACCUGAUCCCUAUUUCAUCCCGAUUCACACCUCAGAAGAUUGACAUUUCCCCACGCGAUCAACGCUCGACUAGUGUAAGUUUAUGUUAUUUAGCCGUUCUUUACUGGUCAAGACUCGAGGCAUUGCCAUUGGAAAGAGCUAUCGAAUCUGGAGAGAGAGAGACAGAGAGAAAUGGGGCUAGGGAAGGAGACAGACUCUGCUAGGGAGACAUUGCUGGAGGAUCUGAUAAGGAGAGCAGGUGGGUGUGCUGUGAUCGACGGAGGUCUGGCCACCCAGCUUGAGAAGCAUGGUGCAGCCAUUAACGAUCCUCUCUGGAGCGCUCUUUGCCUUAUCAAAAACCCCGAACUCGUCCAACGGGUUCAUUUUGAAUACCUUGAGGCUGGCGCAGAUAUAUUGUUGACAUCCUCCUAUCAGGCAACAAUUCCAGGAUUUUUGUCCAAGGGACUAUCAAUUGGAGAAGCAGAAAUGCUUCUUCAAAAGAGUGUCACAUUGGCUCUGGAAGCCCGUGAUAAGUUCUGGGCUGUUGCACAAAUGAUUCCUGAGCGCAGUUAUAACCGGGCUCUGGUUGCUGCGUCUCUCGGAAGCUACGGGGCCUAUCUUGCAGAUGGAUCAGAGUACAGUGGGUGUUAUGGACCAGAUGUGAGCUUGGACAAGUUGAAGGAUUUCCAUAGGCGUCGAUUGCAAGUUCUUGUGGAGGCAGGUCCAGACUUGCUUGCGUUUGAGACCAUACCCAAUAAACUUGAAGCUCAGGCCUGUGUUGAGCUACUAGAUGAAGAACAAGUCCAAAUUCCAUCUUGGAUCUGCUUCAGCUCCGUGGAUGGUGAGCAUGCUCCCUCUGGGGAAAGCUUUAAGGAGUGCCUUGAUGUAAUAAAUAAGAGUGACAAAGUGAAUGCAGUUGGGAUAAAUUGUGCACCUCCACAGUUCAUGGAAGGUCUAAUUUGCAAGUUAAAGAAGUUUACGGAAAAAACAAUAGUUGUUUAUCCCAAUAGUGGGGAGGUGUGGGAUGGAAGAGCUAAGAGCUGGAAGCCAUCCCAGUGCUUUGACGAUGACAUGUUCCAAUUGUAUGCAACAAGAUGGCGCGAUUCAGGAGCCAAACUCAUUGGAGGAUGUUGUAGGACAACACCUUCCACCAUUAAAUCUAUAUCCAAGGUCCUCAAAAGGAAGAUCUUGAGCGAUUUUAUUUCUCCACAGAAAUUUUCAAGUUUGAAGUAGAUGGGACAAGGCUUUGUUGACUAGAGGGUUGAGGAAAUUUAUCAUUCAAAUGAUUGCCUCUCCUCCCCCUCACCACCCCCACCCCCA